AUGGGCGACAAGCGCAAACUCGUGCAGGACGAGGUCGUCGCGCCCGAGGGCAAGAAGAUGAAGAAGGAGAAGAAGGACAAGAAAGACAAGAAGGAGAAGAAGGAAAAGCGCAAGGAGGGCGAGAUUGUUCUGCCCGCCGAAACUGCUGCCCCAGCACAGGAAGAGGCGAAGGAGAAGAAAGAGAAGAAGGAAAAGAAAGAAAAGAAGGACAAGAAGGAGAAGCGUAAGGCCGAGAAGGCCGACGCUAAGCCUGCUGCUCCCACCGAGGACGCUAUGGAUGUUGAUGUGACCCCUACCGAGAAGGUGGACGCCGAUAAGAAGGAAAAGAAGGACAAGAAGGAAAAGAAGGAGAAGCGCAAGGCUGAAGAGGUCGACGCUAAGCCUGCUACUUCCUCCAAGGACGCUAUGGAUGUUGAUGAGACUCCUGCCGAGAAGGUGGAUGCUGAUACGGAGAAGAAGGACAAGAAGAAGGAGAAGAAGCAGAAGCAGAAGGAGAAGAAGAAGCAGCAGAAGGAGAACACCGAGGCCGGGGCCGAGUCCAAAGAAGAGCCUACCGGUGAAUCCGCGGCGGCCGAGCCGGCCCAGAAGAGCUCCCGCUUCAUCUGCUUUGUCGGAAACCUUCCUUACUCCGCCAACCAUGAGUCCUUGAGCAAGCACUUUGAGAAGAACCCCCCAGCCACAAUCCGUGUCGCAACCAAGAAGGAAGACCCCACCAAAUGCCGCGGCUUUGCAUUCAUUGAGUUUGACAACUACGACCGCAUGAAGACCUGCCUCAAGCUGUAUCAUCAUUCCAACUUCGACGACGGAAAGUACCCACCCCGACGCAUGAACGUCGAGCUGACUGCUGGCGGCGGCGGCGCUAAGUCCGAACAUCGCAACGCCAAGAUCCAGGCCAAGAACGAGAAGCUCAACGAGGAGCGCCAGCGCCAGGCCAAGGAUAUCCAGAAGGACAAGAGAAAGCACGAGAAGAACGCUGCCCCGGCUGGCGGCUCUGGUGCCAAUGCUGCUAGCAUGGACGGCGCAGCCGACAACGCUGCCACAGAUGACAAUGACCAGUGGGCUGGUCUGCACCCUAGCCGCAGAGGCCGUGUUUAA